AUGCAACAUCCUCGUCAUCGUUUACUCCGUAGCCCACGCCAGUCCCUAAACUCUGGCAUGCUCACUGGUGUCGCGACUCAUUGUCGCGGCGUCUAUUCCUCCACCGCCUGCGUUCGCAUCCUUUUCUGCUGCGACUUAUUGCUUCAACGUUUACGUGAAGGUGCAACUCAAGAACAACGGGCCGACGUGGCGUGUCGCUACCGCCCGAAGUUUGGGCAUUCUCAACGGACUCCCUUGGCAAUAUGGUACUUCGAAUCAAUUGUAACGCUGCCUCGAAAAAUGGUCUGGACGUGA